AUGGCAGAGGGUAAGAUGGGUGCCAACCUUGGUGGCAACAUUGGUGUAGGAGCAGGCAUCUUGGCCAAGCGCUUCCAGAAGUCCAUGAACCGAGCUCAGGAAAAGGUUUUGCAGAAACUGGGCAAAACAAUGGAGACUAAAGAUCAGCAAUUUGAACAGUGUUCUUCCAGUCUCAACAAACAACAGGCUGAUGGGAGCAGGCUGUACAAGGAUGUAAAGGCGUAUUACAAUGCUGUUAAAGUGAUGCACGAAGCGUCCAAGCGUCUCUCUCAGACUCUUAAGGACAUCUAUGAGAGUGACUGGCAAGGGGGAGAGGAUCUGUCCAUUAUAAUGGAGAGUGAAGAUUUGCUAUGGAAUGACUAUGAAGAGAAGUUGUCUGAUCAGAUUGUGCGGACCAUGGAAAAUUACACCAGCCAGUUCCCAGAAGUGAAAGAGAGAGUGGCAAAGAGAGGAAGGAAACUAGUGGACUAUGAUUCAGCGCGGCAUCACCUAGAGGCCCUACAGAACGCCAAGAAAAAAGAUGAUGCAAAAAUAGCCAAGGCAGAGGAGGAGUUUAACAUGGCUCAGAGUGUGUUUGAGGACAUCAAUAAAGAGCUGAGAGAGGAGUUGCCUGUUCUGUAUCAGAGCCGUAUUGGCUGCUAUGUUACAGUGUUUCAGAACAUCUCAAACCUCAGGGAUGUCUUCUACAAGGAGAUGAGUGUGCUGAAUCAUGAAAUAUAUAAUGUGAUGAAGAAACUGGAGUCACAGCAUUCAGGCAAAGCUUUCAUCAUCAAAGGUCUUAACAGUAGCAGCAGUAAAUCUAAGAAGAGGAGGUCUUUGACUAUCUCUGCACCCAUCCCCUGUAACACAGCCUUCCCCUCCCAGCCACUCCCUAACCUGACUGAAGCUCCUCCACACACACAGCAGCACAGUGACUCUGACGAGCGCAGUUCUUUAGACAGCGACACACACACCUCUAACAGACAAUCCACGCUUUCUGAGGGGGAAGGAACCAAAACUGGAGCAGCCAAUGACAGCACCUCUCAAACCAGCAGUGAGCAACUGGAAGAAUCAGGUAUCCAGAGUGAAGUGGGUAAAGGUUCGGACUCUGAACAGGGCGCAGAGGAAGAGACACAUUCAUCUCUGACCCACACAGACCCAACGCACGGUUCAUCCACAGACCAAACACACGGCUCACCCUCAGCUGAACCUCAGGAGAGCAAGUCUAAGCCUCUCCCUGGAUCUGAGUCUCUCCCUGGAUCUGAGCCUCUCCCUGGAUCUGAGUCUCUCCCUGGAUCUGAGUCUCUCCCUGGAUCUGAGCCUCUCCCUGGAUCUGAGUCUCUCCCUGGAUCUGAGCCUCUCCCUGGAUCUGAGUCUCUCCCUGGAUCUGAGUCUCUCCCUGGAUCUGAGCCUCUCCCUGGAUCUGAGCCUCUCCCUGGAUCUGAAACCGAACUGGGCUCCACCGCUGCCCCGUGUCACUCUGAGCAGCAGCCCUCCCAAGAAAAGGAGAGUGAGAGAGAGGAGGAGAGUGAGAGAGAGGAGGAGAGAGGAAAAGCAGAUUUCUCUCCAGACCAACCCACUGAGAUCUCAGAUCUCCCAGGGUUCCUUUACAAGGCUGUAGCUGCGGAGAGUCAGACCUCAGAAGAGGGUGUGCUGCUAAUGUUUGAGAAAGGAGACAUUAUCCUCAUAUUCAGUGAUGAUGAAGAAAAGCCAGAGGGGGCAGUAUGGGGAGUCAGAGAACAGGACUGGAACACAUAUAAGGAUCUGACCUUGCUCUCUGGCAUCGUCAUGGAAACCAUGAUCCAGCGCAUCAGCUCAGACUGA